CAUUCUUCACUCUUCUCUCUUCAUAUCCAAAUUUCAAGCAGCAUAUCAGCCUCAUCAAAUGGGUGAUACUUCUAUCCUGGCUCCUUCAGUCCAAGAGUUGGCAGAGCAAGGCAUUACAAAAGUUCCCGAACAAUAUCUUCAACCAAAUCAAGACUCUAUUCUUGUAUCUAACACAACAUCUUCACCACAACUUCCAAUUAUUGACUUCGAUAAAUUAUUAUGUGAAGAUGGAAUUGAGCUAGAGAAGCUAGACAAUGCUUGUAAGGAAUGGGGUUUCUUCCAGCUCAUAAAUCAUGGAGUCAACCCAUCACUGGUAGAAAGUGUGAAAAUUGGUGUUCAACAAUUCUUCCACCUUCCAAUGGAAGAGAAAAAGAAGUUUUGGCAAACAGAAGAAGAACUGCAGGGGUUUGGACAGGUUUAUGUUGCAUUGGAGGAACAAAAGCUAAGAUGGGGAGAUAUGUUUUACGUUAAAACUUUUCCAUUGCACAUAAGGCUUCCUCAUCUAAUUCCUUGUAUGCCACAACCAUUCAGAGAUGAUUUUGAGAACUAUUCUCUUGAAUUGAAAAAACUAUGUUUCAAAAUCAUUGAACGUAUGACAAAAGCUUUAAAGAUCCAACAACCAAAUGAAUUGCUAGAUUUCUUUGAAGAAGGAGAUCAAUCAAUAAGGAUGAAUUAUUACCCUCCCUGUCCUCAACCAGAUCAAGUCAUUGGACUUAAUCCUCAUUCAGAUGCUAGUGCCCUUACCAUCCUUCUCCAAGUCAAUGAAAUGCAAGGCCUUCAAAUAAAAAAAGAUGGAAUGUGGGUUCCUAUCAAUCCUCUCCCUAAUGCUUUUGUGGUCAACAUUGGAGAUUUGUUAGAGAUAAUGACCAAUGGGAUUUACCGUAGCAUUGAACAUAGGGCAACAGCCAACUCAGAGAAGGAAAGGAUCUCUGUUGCAGGAUUUCACAAUAUUCAAAUGGGCAGAGAUCUAGGUCCAGCACCCAGCCUUGUUACUCCGGAGACUCCUGCAAUGUUCAAAACAAUUACUCUUGAAGAAUACGUUAAUGGAUAUCUUGCAAGCAAGAUAAAGGGGAAGUCAUACUUGGAUGUUGUGAGGAUCAAAAACGACAUUCAUGCAUAAUUUCGGUUCAUUACUUUAAAUAUGCUUUUAUAUCCUAUGUGAAAUAAGAGGACAUAGGCUUUGGUCCUAUAGUGAAGAGUUGUGUUUGAUUUUCAUCAAUUUAUAAUUUGAAGUAGUUGUGUUUGAUGAAUGGAAGUGAAUUGAGAGUAACGUGAUAA